CUUUUGCCACGCAUUCGAGUCUGUCCGUUCAUUCCACCGCCAUCACAUCCUCCGCUUCCACUGUCGCAUAUUUGUCAUCUCCACUUCCUCCUUCUCCUCGUCCUCCACCUCCUUGCUUUCCUCUCCUCCUCCGUCGCCUCCACCACCGCCGACACGCAACACACCGUCCUCUCCGUCCGCAAACCUCCGAGGGCGGCGCGUCGUUCUGCCAUGGCUAACUACAUGGCCUGCAUUCCCGUCCUGGUCGUGAUGGUCGUGUGUCUUGUGGUGGUCAAGUUCCACAACCUGAGCGAGAACCUGGGGAUGCAAAUGAACGAGAAGAAGCGGCUGGUGGCGGAAUUGGACGCCUUUAGGGAGAAGAACUUGGCGCUGGACCAGAGGAUAAGGAAGGAAGCGGAGGACAGGGGGAGUGUCGAGAUCAAAUGGAGAGAGUGCGUAAGGGAGAGCGGGAAGCUGCGAGCCCAAAUGACUGACACCAACAACGACCUCUCAUACCAAGUCGAGGAGCUCAAACGGCAGCUCACGGUGGCGAACAGCGCGGUGGCGGUGAAGGAGCAAGAGAUUGUGAAAGUGGCCGAGGAGCGAAAGAAAUACCAGGACCUUUACGAAAAAACAGACAGUAAACUGAACGAACUGCAUACGGCAAAUGAGAACCUGAAGAAAAUAGCGGACGCGUCAGCAACGAGGGCGAAGGAAUUGCAGGCAGAACUAUUGCAGGCGAGGGUACAGAAGCCCGGGGUAGUGGUGAAGAGGGAGGCGGGUCAAGUGACAGAGAAGGCGGAGGAGAAAAAGGCAGAGGUAACAGCUCGCGAGGAACCCAAAAAGGAGAACAGUCCCGCCGCCGAGACGAAACCUUCUGAACAGCCCUUCCCUCCUUCCCCGCCGCCCUCCGCGUGUGGACUGGCCGAGCGAACCGCCGAGAUGACCCAGUGACGCCGACUCGUGGUUCAGAGACGCGUGCUUCGGGGCUUUGCAGAUGGGUGACAUGCGAGGUGAAGGAAGCGUCUGAGGAAACCCGGGCUGCGUCGGCGGUUCCGCUUGGCUCACACAACACCCAACAGUCGACGCCCGGAAAGGCAGGGACAUAAAACCAUAAAGAUUAUCCUUUUUUAUUCUCAAUGCGAGGGGCCGCGGGGGUACUCAUUUAAACCUUAUCUUACAAUCUCUGGGUAGCGAUUUACAUACCACUUGUACGUUCCGGUGGGGCCAGCCAGCCAGCCAGGACUCACUCACUCACUCACCACCGCCCCUAAGAUGUGGGAUGCAGGACUUCGUAACAUUGCAAUACUGUGGGAAUGGCGAAGAGGAGGUGAAGUAGGAAGGGCAUAAAGGAGCGAAAGAUGUAUUAGGAGGUUGGAGAAGGGAAAGAAAUGGGUACGAAAGAGAGUAUGAAGAUGUUGGAUGCAAGACUUCCUAACACUGAAAUACUGUUUAGUCGAGGGAGGAGGGAUGGGUAGAGAGAGGUGGUAAGGGAAGCAUAAAGGAGCAAUAGAUGUAUUAGGAGGAGAGGAAGAAAAGAAAGGAAAAAACACAGAGAUCAAAGAAGUAAAGGAAAGGAAUGAAAAGGGGAUGGAAGGAACAGAGGGAAAAUAAGAAGGGAAAGAAAGAGAAAGAAAAGAAAGGAAAAAACACAGAGAUCAGAGAAGGAAAGGAAAGGAAUGAAAAGGGGAUGGAAGGAACAGAGGGAAAAGAAGAAGGGAAAGAAAGAGGAAGAAAGGAAAAAACACAGAGAUCAGAGAAGGAAAGGAAAAGAAUGAAAAGGGGAUGGAAGGAACAGAGGGAAAAGAAGUAAGAAGGGAAAGAAAGAGAAAGAAAAGAAAGGAAAAAACACAGAGAUCAGAGAAGGAAAGGAAAGGAAUGAAAAGGGGAUGGAAGGAACAGAGGGAAAAGAAGUAAGAAGGGAAAGAAAGA